CUUUGAAAGUAACUAAUACUUUGAGUUACAAUCGUUUUGAGCUCUGUUGCAGUGUUCGCUUGCCAGAGAGCACAGUGGUUGGUUGAUGGAGACUUUCCAUCUCCUAGCCUCAGCCUGAGUAGUUGGGCGAUCCAAACGCCAGCUCUAGCAACACGGCUCGAAAACUACAGCAAAAUAGAAUUCGUCAUUCCGAUAUGUUCCACAUCCCUUGUUGCUAGGAUUGAACCAUAGGCAUUCCCCAAGUUCAUUGCGAUCGUGAGGCGGUAUCUAGACUAGAGAGUUCAGUACAUCCAUUCAGUAUGGAAGCUAGCCGCAGUCGCAGCUCUGCCGCAGUGGCGGGGCAGCAGCAACAAGGGACGGCAACAGCAGCGGGGCUGACGAGCAAACAUGCCACUGGUCCUGUACUGCGAACCGUGGACCUCUCAGGCCAGAGACGGCAGGCUGCAAGAAUCAAGUACGAUGAAGAAAUGGCAGCAAGAGAGAAAGAUAUACGCAACAUGGAGAUCAGCAACAUGAUCUCGAAUUGGUCAAGUUCACUUGAUGAGAGAAGCCAUUCCAAGACGGCCCGGCGUCACGAGUCCACCAAGAAGGAGGAAAUGCGACUUGCCGGCCAUGAGCUGACUGCGCUACGUAAGACGCAGAUGAAAGAGUUGUUUGCGAGGGAAGAGGAGCAGUAUCGGAGAGAGUUUGAGGAGAGGGGAGUCACCUUCUACAAGGAGAGAAUAUAAAUAUAGAGGUGAAUGGAAAUCGUCGUCACAGUGUGUUGGGAAACAGAGAUUCUGCAAUGCCAUGUUAUGAAACUUGAUUAUUCUGUCGUUAGCUUUGUCAGCCAAACCGAAAUGAUCGUACGUGUCAGUAAGCAUCCACAUUUGCAUGAGCUUUAUCGAUUUGAUGAUAAAAAUACUUUCUGAGUCAGACAGGGCUUCUGUUUGCCUGUCACGCGGCUUGCUGUGUUGAUUGCAUUCCUGGAACUGGUCCAUGGAGUCCGAAGGUGGGCCCAUAAAUAAAAAAAAUCAUGGUUCGCUUGAGACUCGGCCAAAUGCCCAGUUUUCCGCAUCCGCAGGAAUGCCAAUUUAGUCAUCUUUCCAAGAUUUGUUCUGAAUCCCUCUCCCCUCUCCCAAGAGUAGAUCCACAUGGCCAGUUUCUGGCAGUGAAGAAGUACAAAUCCAUGUGUA